AUGGGAUAUACAAUACAUACUUGGUUAGUACACAGCCACCAUCGGGGCCGGUGGACUCUGGUCGGGAAAGGCCCAUUACAUCUGGCUCAAGGUCACAGCCACGGAGGCGAGUGUCUUUCCUGGCCCUUCACGAUUACGCUGCCCACAAGGCCGGAUCAUUCACUGGCACUGGAUAAUUCUGGCACCGAGACCUAUCUGCCUCUGAAUACUCUCGCCGAACUGCCACUCCCUGGCACAUUUUACUCCUUUAAUCAUGGCUGGAGGGUUAAAUCGGAAGGCUUUGUAGAAUACUACCUCGAAUGUGUGCUCAGUUAUAGCCGUGGAGGAGGCUCGCAGGAGACUUGCACGGCCACGUUCCCUCUCUUGCUGCAGCAUCCCUCGUUGGAGAAUCCCAUAUCUCGCAGCUCUCAGCUCCCCCAACAACACCUGUUUCAGCAUAUGGUCCGAACCCAGCGACUGCUACCGGGAAUGGAGCAUGCCGAAUUAACAUUGAAGCAAAAGACGCAAAGGCUGUUUCAGUCGUCCAAGGUUCCAACAUUCGGGUACAAGGUUCAAGUCCAGUCACCCCGUGUGAUCCAGCUUGGAAACCCCUCGCCAAUCCCAUUGGUGAUCAAAUUCUCUCCGGACCCCAGCACGACAAGCGAGGACAUUCACAAUACCGUCCAGAAGGUCCAACUGAACUCUGUUCAGAUGAUCCUCAAGUGCAAGACUGUUGUCAUGGCCCCCGGAAAUCUCGUUCCCAGCCGGACUCAUUACGAUGACCAUUCCUCUACCUACGACCUCGGCUUGGGCUCGAUUUUCCAAGAGUUCGAGACGCCCUUGGUAUUUGACUCGAGCAAGGAAAACCAGGAGAGUGAUGUUGGUGAAUUUCUCCAUCUGGUUCUCCAUCCUAGUGGACUGCAGGCAGGGGACCGCCGCCUCAGCACGGGUUUGUCUAUUUGCCCGGAUUUCGUCACCUGUAACAUCAAACAUGGCCACUCGUUCGAGUGGAUGCUAUCCUUUUCUAUCGCGGAUGAAACACAAGCGACGAAGCUAUCUACAUCCGUCAGAAUACUGGGACCGGCUUUGGGCAAUCCUAGCCCACCUGAAUACUCUGAGAACCACCAACAUAAACCGUGA